UCAUCAGCUGUUUGAUGCUGUAGUAGCAUUGUUGUUGUAGUGUUUGUCAAACAACAACCGGAUAAAUACCCUACCUACUGAGUUGGGUUUGAAGAAAAAUGUUUUUGUUUUAAUAACUUGUGUGUAAUUUUGGAAAAUCACAAUGUGGAUAAUCGCAGGAAACAAUUUAUUUAACCAGUGGUGUACAAAUGAUGUUAUUGUGACCCAUUUUCGUGAUGUACCUCUACGUAUUCCAACAGAAGAUUUGGGUACUAUCACAAAAAAUACAGAAAUAGUCGAAAUCAAUUGGUCUUAUAACAUUUACAAGACUAAUGAUUCAUUUUAUAUAUCAGGAAUAUGGGGAGGACGAAAACAAUUUACCAAAGUAGUUAUACCUAAAGAAUUUAACAUUUGUGAAGAACACAGCCUACUGGUUGCGGGCAAUGAUUAUAGCCUGUUAUUUGUGGAAAAGAAAUUAGGGAAAUUAUGGAUAAUGGAUGAAAAUGAUGGUGUUAAGGAAAUCAAAUUUAGUGAGGCACCUGUUGAUUCUAGCUCAAAGAGAAGGAAGGAAAACUGUGACAUCAGAAGUGUAAAAGCAAAAGGUGACAACUUCAUGUGUCUCACAUACAGUGGGACAGUAUACAUUGGGAUGCUGCCUGGCUUGGUGAAUACAGAGAAUUGCUUGGGGUCAAUAUGUGAUAUAGAUUGUGGUUUUGAACAUUUCAUGCUUCUUACUGAUGCUGGAAGAGUUUAUACUUGGGGCAAUGGAAGGAGACUUCAGUUGGGACAUGGUGAUUUGGACAACUUAGAUACACCUACAGAGGUUGAGGCUCUGGCUGGUAUAAGAAUUGUUAAAAUUUGUGCUGGAGGUUGGCAUUCCGCAGCCCUUAGUGAAUUUGGGGACUUGUAUGUGUGGGGCUGGAAUGAUAUUGGCCAAUUAGGAAUAAGAAAUAAUAAAGGAAAAGAACAAACUGUUUCUGAUAUAUUAACUACCACUAUGCUACCUACAGUAGUAGAUGUUUUUAAUGAUUGUAAUGAAGAAAUUGUUAAUUUAAAUGUAAAAGAUUUUGCCUGUGGGUCCAGACAUACAGCUAUUAUUCUUGAAGACAAUAGUGUGUGGACUUCAGGAUGUAAUAAAUAUGGGCAGCUUGGGUUCAAUCCUAGUUUAUAUUCAACAGUCCCUUAUUUCAAAAAGGCUUAUGAAUGUAAUAUUAAUUCUAAGGUAUUAUGUGGACCAUGGACAACGGUGCUUACAACGGUGACAUAAAUUUUUCAGGAAUCCUUUUGUGCUGCACCUAACAAAGUGACGAUUUUAUAUUUAUUCAAUAACAUAGUGAAAAAUAUAAGAAUAUAUUACUAGGUCUGGCUUAUUUUAUUCUGAUUUGGGGUAUUCAAAGAUAAUUUACAUACAUCGCUAUAUCUUCGCGUUCGAUACGAAGAUGCAGUGGUAGUAAUGCCGAACAAACAAUAAUAAGCCCA